AUGAAUGAAACUGAAAGAUAUGAGAGUACAGCCGUGCAAGGGAUUAUUAGUUAUCUAAAUGCAUUCAUUCAAACAAAAACAAAUUUAGGAAUUUCUAUUGAAAAGACAUUAAAAGGAUUACAAGAAAGUUUAAAAUCAACAAUAAUAUUAAUGGUUUAUAUGCAAAGUAUCCAAAAUUUUAUCCCUCCACACUUGAACCCUGUUAAUUUGUUUCAAAUGAACGAAAAUGCAGAAAAAUUGAUUCGUAUGGCAAAGUCAUUUGGACUUGAAGUUACUUGUUCUGCAAGUGCUAUAACUCAACCACAAGGAGCUACUGCAUCACAAGUACUUGGUUUAUUAUGGCAAUUAAUUGAUUAUGAUUUAAGAAAAACAUUGGGAUCAAUGGACUGUGAAGGAGAUGUAAUGAAAUGGGUAAAUACAACAUUAGGAAGUAAAAGAAUGACAAAUUAUACAUCAGACUUACAAGAUGGAAUAAUUUUUCGAGAUUUACUACGAGCUCUUGGAGUUCCAUGUGGAAAUUCAUUAGAAGAUGUUAUAACUGCCUCAAGUACAAUAGGGUGUCAAUUAAUAUCAGUUGAAAGUGUACAGAAUUGUGUUGUUAAAAUGAACUUUGCAUUCCUUGCCGCAUUAAUGAAAUGGAAAAAAGAACAAGAUGAAAUUGAACGAAAACGAAGAGAAGAACAAGACAAAAUAAAUAAAGUAGAAGAAGAAAAACGUGCAAAAGAAGAAGAAGAAAGAAAAAAACAACAAGAAUUAGAACAACAACAAAAAAAAAUUAAAGAAGCUAAAGAAAAAGAAGAAAAAGAAUACAACAGUUUAUUAGAAGAAAAAGAAAGACAAAAAAUUGCUGAAGAACAACAACUAAAACAACUUGAAGAAAAACAUGCAGAAGAAGAAAGAAAAUUGCUUGAAAAAUUAAAACAAGUACAAGAAGAAAGUGCUGGAAUAACAGCAGUAGAACAUCUUAAUAAUACACAAUUAGUAGAAGAGAAAGAAAAACUAAAUAAUGAAAGUGAACAGAUUAGACAAGACAUUGAUGAAGCAUAUAAAAGAAAACAAACAACAAGAUUUGAGAUGUUAAGACUACAAAGUGAUAAUAUUAGAAAUGAAAAAGAGUUUCAAAGAGAACUUACAGAAUCUGACAGAAAGAAACAAGAGAUGAUUAAAAAAGAAAAAAGAAUGGAAGAACGAAUUCAAAACCUUCAUUAUGAAGAAUUAAGUGAAAAAUAUACAAGUAAAGUUGAUGAAAAUUACAAACUCAGUGGAGAAGUUCAUGACAUGGAACAAAAAAAAGCUGAAUUAACAGAUUUACUCCAACAAAAAGAACGACAAACAAAAAGAGUUAAUAGUCUAAUUGAUGAUGUCUCACAAGAGAUUCUUAAUGUUGAAAAAAGUAUUCUUCAGGAAAACAAAAGAGUUAAAGAUAAUAAAAGGGAACAAGCUCGUAUUCAAAAACAAAUAUCUGACAUUCAAACACAAACAAAAGUUGUUAAAAUGGACACUCAUUCAAUUAUACAAGAAAGAGAACAUAAUGAAAAACAAUUAGAUGCUAAACUAGAUAAAAUAGAUGAUGCUAAUUAUGAACUUGGAAAAUUAGAAAUGGCUAAUGCUGAUGCUGAUCUGGAAAAACAAGCUGCAAGUGAAGAAUUAGAUCAAAUUGUAGAAAGAUCCCAAAUUUUAUUACAACAACUAGAAAGUAAAAUAGCUCGAGACUUAUCAAGAGAAAAGAAAGCUGAAGAAAGAAGUAAAAGAAUUCUUAAUAAAGAUAAAAAAAAAGCUAGAGAAAAAAGUAAACAGUUAAGAAAAGAAAAAGAUGCAAUUGAAAUUGAAGUUGAUAGUAAAAAACAUGAAAGAAGAAUGCAAGAAGCAAAAUUGGAUCGUAUCUCUGAACAAUACUUAGAUAUUAAAAAACAACAAAAUGAUGAAGAAAUUAAAUUAAAAAGUAAAGAUAUUGAUAUUGAUAAUAAACUGAAAGAAAUUAAUUCAAAAAGAAAGAAACUAGCAGAAGCAAAAGGAAAACGUAAAUUUGCAUUACAAACAAAAGAAGGUAUUGGUAAAAAACCAGUUGAAGUGUUAAGUCAAAGAGAUAAAGAGAUUUGUGAAGAAGUUCAUAAAAAACAUGAAGAAGAACGUAGAAGAAAGAAAGAAGAAAUUGAUAAAUUUGUAGAAAGUGUUGAAAAAGAAACAACACCACCUCUUACAGAAAAAACAGUUCUUCCAAAAUUAGUUAAUCAAGAAGAAAUAGAACGAGAAUUAGCAGAUAAUCAUCUCCAACACGUUCAACGACUUGACCCUGUUCUUGAAUUAAGAAAACAAGAAGUUGAGAAUGUUAAAAGAAGAGAAAAAAUGAAAAAGCAAGAAGAACUUGACAGACAAAAGACAAUAGCUGAAUUAAGUGAGGCAAAAGUUGAAAUUGAAAAGAAGUUAAAAGAAGAAGAGUUAAGAAUUGCUGAAGAGUUUAAACAAAAAAGAGAACAAUGGAGAAAAGAAAGAAAAGAAAUUUAUAAAAGAAUUUAUGAUGUUGUUGAUAUAACUGAUUAUAUUAAAGAAGAGCCUGUUGAACUGAAAGGAGUUAUUAAAAACAAUGCUAGUGAAAAUGCAAGUUUAUUAGUUAAAUGGGAUAAUGUUAAAGAAGUCAGCGAAAUGUUUAAAAAAUGGGCUAUUGAAAGAAAUGCUUUUAUUGAUAAAUUUGAUUCAACAAGAAAAGAUGGAUUUAGUCGACAAGUUAAGUGCACAACAAGUCCUAUCUUAGAUGAAAAAGUUGAUUUAUUAAGUUUAAGAAAAUUGAGCAAUCAAAGUUCAGAAAAGAGCAUUUAUGGUAAGUCUAAACAACGACAAAAAGUUAUGGAAUUAGCUAUGAAAAAAGAAAUGGAAGAGUCGAAUAAGGACGGAUUACAUACACCACGCUUUGAAAUGGCUCAAGGAAAUAGUCCAUUAUUUGAUAAAAAUGGACACAUGAAUCCUAGUCCUAUUCCCAUUGCAUUCUUUUUGGAUGAUAUGGAUGAUGAAGACAGAGAAGUCCAACGAAGAAUUGAAGAAGAAAAGAAAAGAAGAGAAGAAGAGUUAAAGAAAAUGAUUGAAGAAGAAGAACGGAGAAGAAAAGAAGAGGAAGAGAGAAGAAAAAGAGAAGAAGAAGAAAGAAAAAGAAAAGAAGAAGAACGACGACUUGAAGAAGAAAGAAAGAGAAAAGAAGAGGAAGAAAACCUCAAAAGAAAAGAAGAAGAACGUCAACGCCAAAUCGAAGAGGCAAGGAGAAGAGCUGAAGAAGAAAGAAAACGACUCGAAGAAGAAAAGAAACGACUUGAAGAAGAAAGAAAGAGAAUUGAAGAAGAGCAACAUAGGAUUGAAGAAGAAAAAAGGAAAAAAGAAGAAGAAGAACGAAUCAAAAAAGAGCAAGAGAGAAAAAAGAAAGAAGAAGAACUUAUUGCUAAACAAGAGGCUGAACGAAAAGAAAAAGAAAGAAAAGCUGAAGAAGAACGACUACAAAAAGAGCAUGAAGAAUUAUUAAAGAAAGAAGCUAAACGAAUUGAACAGGAAAAGAUUAAAAAAGCAAAAGAAGAAGAACAACAAAAGAUAAAAGAGGAAGAAGAAAGAAAAAGAAUAGAAGAAAAUGAACGAAUUCAAAAAGAAGAAGAAGAGAAAAAGAAAAAAGAGGAAGAAAAAAUUAAAAAAGAGCAUGAGGCUUUGUUGGAGAGAUUGAGAUUAGCCAAAGAAGAAGAAGAAAAAAUUAAAAAGGAACAAGAAGAAAAGGCUAAAAGAGAAGAGGAAAAAGAGAUUGAAAGAAAAAGAAAAGAGGCAGAGGAUGAACGAAAGAGAAUUGAAGAAGAACAUAAAAAAAUGCAACAGAAGUUAGAGUUAUUAAGAAAGCAAAAGGAAGAAGAAGAUAAAUUUAAAAAAGAAGAAGAAGAAAGAAAAAAGAAAGUAGAAGAAGAAAGAAAACAAAAAGAAGAAGAAGAGAGAAUCAAGAGAGAAGAAGAGUAUAAGAAACAACAAGAAGAAGUUACAAGAAAAAUAAAUGAAGAAAGGUUGAGAAUUGAAAAGGAAAAGAAACGAAUUGAAGAAGAGAGAAUCAAAGAAAAUAAAUUAAAAAAAGAGGAGGAAGAAAGAAAAAGACAAGAAGAAGAAGAAAAACUAAAGAAAGAAGAAGAGAAAAAACGAUUAGAAGAAGAACAAAAAAGAUUAGAAGAACAGAAGAAAAAAGUUGAAGAAGAACUACGCCAAAAAGAAGAAGAACAAAAGAAAAAAGAAGAAGAGAUCCAAAGAAAAGAAGAAGAAAGGGCUAAAGCUGCUGAAGAAGAAAAGAGACAAGUUGAGGGAGAAAGAAUUAAAAGAGAGACUGAAGAAAAGAAACGAAAGUUAUUAGAAGAAGAGGAAUUAAAGAAAAAAGAAGAAGAAGAAAAACAAAGAAGAGAAGAGUUUGAAAGAAGAAGAAAAGAAGUAGAAGAAGAAAGAGUUAAAAAAGCAAAAGAAGAUUUAGAAAGAUAUCAAAAAGAAAAGGCUGAAAGACUAAAAAGAAAACAAAAAGUUAGUGUUGGAAGCCUUGUGUAUAUUCCUUCAGUCACUGAAAAUAAAGUUAAAUCCCCUGUUGGAUCUCCUAGACUUUCAGGUCCAGUCCAACAAAAAAUAGAUGAAAAAGAUAACCUUAUUAAUCCAUCGACUGGUAACCAUAGUAUACAACCAAGAAGAAGAAAUGUUGUUACUGAAAGAAAUGACAAGACUUUAAUCGAAGUUAAGAAAACACCUCAACAACCUUUAAAAGAAAGUUUGAGCCCAUCAAAAUCAACGAAUUGUAUUAUCUCUGCUCCAUCAAGUGUUUCUUCAACACCAACUAUAUCACCAAUUUCAACUCCAUCAAAAUCUAAAGAAGAAACUCCAAGAAGAUAUCCAACUAAUUCAAUUACAUCAGAAAGUAUGUCUGAAACACCUAAACCUUCUCUCAAACAAUCAAAAACAGAGAAACAUAAAAGCUUUAGAUUAUCCAAACAAAUUUCUUUCUCCAAAAAAGAUAAGAAAAAAGACAAAAAAGAAAUAGAUGAUUUAGUUCCAGAGACUGUAGAUGGAGAAGAAGUUCAACUUGAACGAGAAGCAAUUACAGGAAGAAAGAAAAACAAGAAAGAAAGAACUAAGAAAGCAAAAGGAGGGGAUUGUGUUUUGCUUUAA